CAGUCAACAUGGCGCCUUACCAAUACACAGUUGUGGUGCUGGUGUUUUCGCUCUUGCAAUCCGGUGUUUCUGGAUUUCCGACCAAUAUUCGCAACCCUGUCUGUGGGUACGAGUCAUGCCCUGCCACCGACCCGUCCAUGCUCAACGUUCACUUGGUUCCACAUACACACGACGAUGUGGGUUGGCUCAAGACCGUCGACCAGUAUUACUACGGAGACCGUAACGACAUCCAGCAUGCUGGCGUUCAGUACAUCCUGGACUCGGUGGUGCAGGAGCUUCAGAAGGACCCGGCUCGCCGUUUCAUCUACGUGGAGUCGGCCUUCUUCUACCGCUGGUGGAGGCAGCAGGACCAGGCCACGCGCCGCGUCGUCACCCAGCUGGUCAAUGAAGGUCGUCUGGAGUUCAUAAACGGCGGCUGGUGCAUGAGCGACGAGGCCACCACGCACUACAGCGCUGUCAUCGACCAGAUGACCCUGGGCCUGCGCUUCCUCAACGACACCUUCGGUGCGUGCGGGCGCCCGCGCGUCGCCUGGCACAUCGACCCCUUUGGACACGCCCGAGAACACGCCUCCAUAUUCGCCCAGAUGGGCUAUGAUGGCUUCUUCUUUGGCCGUCUGGACUACCAGGACAAGAGCCGGCGGAUGAAGGCCAAGGAGCUGGAGCUGCUAUGGAGGGCCAGCGAGAGUCUCUCUCCCCCCAUGGCUGACCUCUUCACCGGCAUCCUUCCCAAUGGCUACAACCCUCCGGAUGGCUUCUGUUGGGACCAGUCCUGCAGUGACGCUCCGAUCCGUGACGACCCAUACCUGGAAGACUUCAACGUGGAUGAGAUGGUGCGGAAGUUUCUGGAGACAGCCCAUAGCCAAUCCAAAAUCUACAAGACCAACCACAUCAUCAUGACCAUGGGCUCCGACUUCCAGUACGAGAACGCCAAUCUGUGGUACAAGAACAUGGACAAGCUCAUCCGCUACGUCAAUGGCCAGCAGGCGGCGGGCAGCAACGUCAACGUGCUUUACUCCACCCCCUCCUGCUACCUGCAGGAGCUCCACCGUGCCAACUCCACCUGGGCCCUGAAGACGGACGACUUCUUCCCAUACGCUGAUGAUGCUCAUGACUUCUGGACGGGCUACUUCACCAGCCGACCUGCUCUGAAGCGCUACGAGAGGCAAAGCAACAGCUACCUACAGACUUGCAAUCAGCUGGAGGUUCUGGGCGGGCCAAGGUCCAGGAGUGGCCCCUAUGGGAAGGGGACCAGCGACACCCUGAGAAAGGCCAUGGCGGUGGCGCAGCACCACGACGCGGUGUCGGGGACGGAGAAGCAGCACGUGGCCUACGACUACGCCCGCAGACUGGCCAGCGGCUGGGCCUACUGCAAGGUGUUGGUCCGUAACUCUCUGGCCGUCCUCACUGGUUCUGAUGCCCCUCGUUCGUUCUGUGAGAACCUCAACAUCAGCGUGUGCCCACUGACCGAAUCCAGCAAAAUGUUCACCAUGAACGUGUACAACCCUCUGGCACACCCCGUUAGCUGGUCCGUACGGCUGCCUGUUAACGGCAGUGCCUACAGCGUUGCAGAUGUCCAGGGCAAAGCUGUAGACAGUGAGGUGAUCCCCGUGCCCAAGGCCACCAAGGCUCUGAGGGGCCAUCGAGGCUGGGCGCUGAACGAGCUGGUGUUCCAGGUUGAGGCGCCUCCGCUGGGCUACACCACCUACUCCAUCUCCCUGCUCCAGAACGCACCUCCACCUCCACCACCACGGCCCAAGGCUCCCCUCACAAUACAGAACAAGUUCCUGAAGGUGACCUUUGACCCUGCCACGGGCCUGCUGAGCAGCCUGAGUAACCUGGAGACCCAGCAGAGCAUCAAGCUGAGCCAGAACUUCUACUGGUACAAUGCCAGCGCGGGGAACAAUGAAGACAGCAUUCAGCCGUCGGGCGCCUACAUCUUCAGGCCAAACUGUUCCACGCCGUUCAUCAUCAGCAAGACGGCCAAGAUCCAGAGCGUACAGAACGGGGUGGUUCAGGAGGUGAGGCAGAUGUUCAGCCCCUGGUUGUCUCAGGUGGUGCGUCUGUAUGCGGACAGCAGAGAGCUGGAGCUGGAGUGGACAGUGGGCCCUGUGCCUAUCGAAGAUGCUCUGGGGAAGGAGGUGAUCACUCGCCUGGACACUGACAUCAACACCUCCGGCUAUUUCUACACCGACUCCAAUGGGCGAGAGGUCCUGGAGCGACGGAGAGACUACCGUCCCACGUGGGACCUGAAACAGUCGGAGCCAAUCGCUGGCAACUAUUACCCCAUCAACUCCCGAGCCUACAUCAAGGACAAAGAGUCUCAGCUGACAGUGGUGACUGACCGCUCCCAGGGGGGAAGCAGCAUAGUGGACGGCUCCCUGGAGAUCAUGCUGCACCGGCGGCUGCUGUACGAUGACGUGCGCGGCGUGGGCGAGCCCCUGAACGAGACGAGUGAGGCCGGCGGCCCCGAGGGUCUGGUGGUGCGCGGCCGGCUCCUGCUCUCCCUCACGCCGCCCGACACGGCCGCCGACUCCCACCGGCCCCUCGCCCAGGCCCAGGUGCUGCAGCCGCUGCUCAGCUUCCAGGAGGGCCCAGCACCGGCCAGCGCACGCCUGGAGUUCUCAGGGCUGCAGGCUGCGCUGCCCCCUGCUGUUCACCUGCUGACGGUGUCUCAGUGGGACUACGACUCAGUGCUGCUGCGCCUGGAGCACCAGUACGAGAGCAGGGAGAGCAAAGCCUACUCACAGCCUGUCACUGUCAACCUGCAGAAGCUGUUCUCUACUGUGGAGGUGAUGGGGGUCACAGAGAUGAGCCUGGGGGCCAAUCAGUGGAAGAGUGAGAUGAGCAGGCUGGUCUGGAGGCCCAGCGCAGACGCAGCUCCCCAGCCGAAGCAACCCUCCGACCCGUCGCCGUGGGAGAUCACCCUCAACCCCAUGGAGAUCCGCACCUUCCUGCUCCGGGUCCGCCAGAGUUAGCCAAUCGCAAGCAAGCAGCAAAAAGGAGAGCACCAAUCAGGAAAUUCCGUCACAACUUGCCAGCGCUGCCUAAAAGGGCUCAUCUUGACCUCUCUCUCUCUCUCGCCCAGACCUGGACUUCAAGGUCGCUCUGCUGUUUCGGCCUCAUCAGUGUAAUUCAACACAAUGCAGUGGGUGGCAGGCCUCCUUCGGUUUCAUACAUAUUUCAUGAACCAUUCUUAUUUUUGGCCUAUUUCAAAAGCUGCCUCAGCAAGUCGCACACCACCACCGGAGAACUUUUUGUUGUCUGGUGAAUUGAUUUGAUUGGCUGUGUGGGCCAGCUGAGAGGUGUGACCCAUUUUGUUUGCAACAGUUGAGUUUGGUCUCUCCGAUUAUUAUCUCAAAUCCAUUCUCAGACCACUCUUACAAACCACUGCCAUUCCACUGCAUUGGAACUAUUGAGGUUUAGGAACCUGCAGUGUUGAACUAUUUUUUUAAUUCUCCACCCAACAGUGAUCAGUGAUUUAUGAUCUGUGCGAUAGACAUUUUUGUUCCUUUCUCACAUGAAUACCCUCUUUUGGUAGAUUGUAAUUGUUCUUUAAUUGUUUACAUUUUUAAAAAAAAUAAAUGAUCAAAUGUGAA